AUGGGCGACCUGCAGCUGUCGGCGGAGUUUGCGGCGUGGUGCCGCGCCCAGAUGCUGUCCCUCAACGGCAACACCGACCUGACCAUGGUGGAAUUCCUGAUGGGGCUCGCGUCCAACAGCGAGGUCUCGGACUACUGCGCGGCGGUGUGGGGCAACAAGCCAGGCGUCUCGACGUUUGUGAAGGAGUUUGUGCAGCGCAAGGUGGCAGAGCAGAACCGCAAGCCGGGCGGGAAGAAGAAGAAGAAGGCUGGCGGCGACGCCGCGGCGCCCGCGGCAGCCGCCGCGCCGGCCGCGGGCGUCGGCGCCGCCGGGGUGGGGCUGGUCAACGCGUCGUCCGCGGACGCGGACUGGGCCAAGAUCCCCAAGAAGGUGGGCGCCGCCAAGAAGAAGAAGCCGCAGAAGCCGGACGCGGGGUCGCUUGGCUACUCGUCAAAGUUCGAUGGGAUGGGCCUACUCGACGCCGACGACUGA